AUGGGCCAGUCUGCAAAGCUCUGCAGGCAGCUCAGAGAAAGAGGGGAUGCACCCGAGCCAUGUUGUGCUGCUCCUCUGCCCGGAGCAUCAGUGCCAACAGGCAGGCAGGAGCUGCAGCCAGUGGGAAACUGGUAUCUAGACAAGGAUGUAACAAGGUUAUACAGGGAAAAAAUUAGAAGGGCCAAAGUAGAGGUAGAUGUUGAUGGACAUGGUUCUAAAGUAUUUGCUUAUGCAUUCUACAAGAACCAUGGAAGGGAAUCUGGCCACCUCCUGCAUGAGAUGCCAUUGGAGAGACACCAGGGAGGAAUUGCUCCCAGAUUUCAGGUAGUACAUCUGAACUCAGUGACAGCAGACAACUGCCUGGACAAUCUGCGCCUUGUCCCUUGGGGAUGGAAGCACAAAGCUGAAGAAAACUCUAGCAAACAAAGGGAACAAAGUCUGCAGUGGCUGGCAAUCCAGCAGUUUCCUACAGACCAUCUAGAAGAGUAGUUUCUUGUCCUCAGUGUAACAAGAUAUUACAACACUAACGAGGAUGUCCUGGAGGAGGAAAAGAAGUCCUGCACGUAUUAUGAAUGUCACUACUCCCCAAGCACAAUAACUGAAAAACAGUUACAUGAGUUCAGUAUCUGUGGGUGCUGCCAGGUCACGCAGUACUGCGGGUCACAGUGCCAGCAGGAGGACUGGCCUGCCCACAAGAAACACUGCCAGGAGUGGAACAUAAUCUGGCUACAUCCUAAAAGACAAUAA